ACGCUCCCCGCGCCGCCGCCGUCCGAUAGGCGUGCCGUGCACGGCGGAGAUCGCGUCUCAUCCAAAAACCCCCCACCCACCGACCUUCUCCAUUUCUCCCUCUCUCCUCCGUCUUCCCCACGCAGCACGCAGACUCUGUUCCUCUUUCUCUCUCUUCUUCGUUCCCGUUUCUCCGUCUCUCUCACAUCCGAUCUGCAUCUGCCUCUCUCUGUUCUUCCUGUUUCCUUUUUGGUUCAAGUGGUUAGCAUCAAGAUUUGAUUUUGUUUUCUUGGAGCGGCGGAGCGUUGGGUGGGAGAUUUCCGGGAGAUCUUGCUUGAUCUGUUCGUGUAGCUGGAGUCUGAGGUCGGAGGGGGGAGGAAGAGAUUAGACCAGAGAUGGCGGCGCAGGAGCAGGAGCAGGAGAAGCAGCAGGCCAAGACGAGCACCACCAGCUCGCUCCCUUCCAGCAGCGAGCGCUCCUCCAGCUCCGGCCCCAACAACCUCAAGGAAGGAGGGGCGGAGAGCGACGAGGAGAUACGGCGGGUGCCGGAGAUGGGCGGCGGGUCGGCGUCGUCCGGCGCCGGCGACGGCAAGCAGCUGCUGCUGCAGCAGCACGGGGCCGGGGGGCAGCCCCCGGCGUCGGCGUCGGGGAAGAAGCGCGGGCGCGCCGCGGGGGACAAGGAGCAGAACCGGCUGAAGCGGCUGCUGCGGAACCGCGUGUCGGCGCAGCAGGCCCGGGAGCGGAAGAAGGCCUACAUGACGGAGCUGGAGGUGAAGGCCAAGGACCUCGAGCUCCGCAAUGCCGAGCUCGAGCAGAAGGUCUCCACCCUCCAGAACGAGAACAACACGCUCCGCCAGAUACUGAAGAACACGACGGCGCACGCGGGCAAGAAGUCCGGCGGCGGCGGGAAGGGCGGAGACGGCGGCAAGAAGCAGCACCACUUCAGCAAGAGCUAGAGAACUUGCUGCUGCUCGUAUGCUGAUCUGACCAUUGUUAGGACACGCUGCUGCUGCUGUUGUUCUUGUUGCUGCUGCUGCCGCGGUUUGACGCCUGUCUUGUCUUCUUCUUCUUCUUUCUUCUUUCUGUACGGUUUGCUGUCGCCUGCAUGUUUAGCUAAUGCCUCACUGUUGUGUUUUACCCUGUCCCUGGUAGCUUGUUCUUUAGGGAAGUCGAUCUAUGGAACAUUGUUGUGUAAUUGAUGAUUGCGUAGCACUAUUCUAUUUA